GGCUCGUUACAGAGGCUGUUUUCCUUGAAAAGGUAAACAGCUCAUGGCAAUCCAUUCACUCGGACGAAAAUUUUGGAAGAUACAGAACGAAUUGCGAAUUGCGACGGAAAUUAAUCGCAAAUCAAUCAAUCCAACGGUUCGGUAGACCACGGCGAGCAAGAAGUGCCAGUUUGUAUCCGGAAAUGUACAAGGCCCCCUGGUGCUGGUUGCUGUGGACGCUUUCAUCGGCGAACGGCCUUACACCCUCGCACAAUCGCCACCCCAGAUUCGAAGGAUCGCCGACCGAUUGCGCCGUCGUCGCUAGUAUGGCUUCGACCGGAACCGACCACUUGGUGGAGACAACUGUCGACUCCGUAUCGCUCCUUUCUAUCAUUCAGAAAUCCUUUCCGGAGGCUACUUCGUAUUCUGUGCGGGACAACAUCAAACAAGCCAAUGCGGAAGGCUUUCGGGUCGUCCUCGAAGGCAUCGAGAAAGAGAAUGACUCGUCUACCUCUCUCUUCAUCAAGAAGGUCAAGGCGCGCGAGUAUUCCCAUAAGCCAUGGGGCGAUCUACGCCGGACCCUCCUGUAUUCGAGGACAGAGGCAAGAUUUUACACCGACAUCCUGCCGUUGAUGAGAGAGAAAACAAAAACGGCGAACUCCAAGUGGAGCAUUGCCCCCAACUGUUUCUACGCUGAAACAAUACUGGACGGCUUGGUUGGGGAAGACGAAUCGACGUCUGCGAGCAAGGGAGAGUCUGCAAGUGAUCCCUUCUACAACGAGACUGACACGGCCAUCCUCGACCACAAGGGGGGACUGCUGGUCCUCGAAUCGCUCGGUGGAGAUUUCUACCAGAAAUCACCACUCACGCCGGAGGAAGCCACAGAGUGCCUCCGGGCCGUUGCGGGGUUCCAUGCCACUGCCUACGAGGAUGCAGCCAUGCUGAAGGUCGUGUCCGAUCGGUUGUGCGAAUACGGGGGGUCGUACCACCUCAGAAACCGCAACCCGAAGGAGCUGAAGAACAUCCAGACCACCUGGGCCGAGUUUUGCAAAAGAGUCGGGAGUGCCGCGCCCGAGGUAUUCGAGCGGCCUUCGGUCGUCAAUCUUGCAAAGCGAGUGCAAGAUAUGGCGGAAUCGAUUUCGGAAGAGUUGUCCCCGGCCUACAACGACAAAUACGCGACCAUCGUACACGGGGAUUACAAAGCCAUGAACGUCUUCCUUGCUGCCGACAAAACAGAGGAGGGGAAGGAAUGUGCCGCCGUCGCCGCAUCCCCAUUGCCAAUCAUCAUCGACUUUGCAUCCACGGGGGUAGGCCUGGGGAUAUCCGACGUUGCGAUGCACAUCACGCACGCCGUGCCCCCGGAGCACCUCGUGGACGGAGGAGAGGAGAAACUCGUCGAAACAUAUCUAGACGCGCUGAACAAGGCCCUGCCGGACCACUCGCGCCCGUGCUACCCUCGGGACGUCGCGAUGCGGCACUAUCGACUCGCGGUAAUCGAUUAUUUCCGGUUCAUCAUGGGACGCUUGUGGAGGGGUGCAUCGCUCGAGACCUUCGAGAAACGAAAAGACAGCAUGAAUUCAGUGUACGUCAAUCGAAACAUCGACGCUGCGAUCAAUUUAAUCGAGCGAGCCGACAGUUAUCUGACCAUAUUCGAGGAGGAAUCAAGAAUGAAUACUGGUAGAAGCAACAUGACCCAAUAGAUUCCACCUAGACAUAAAGCAGUACUCGUACUCAGUUAUCACUGACAUGCGCACUCUGUAAAUUCCAAGCCUCAAAUGGGAUAUGCUACGAUGGUGCUCUGUCUAAGUUUCAAAUUGCAUCCAUCACCUUGUAUUGAAUCAAACCCUACCAAUUUUAACACUCUGUCGUAACCUCAAAUUGUAUUGAAAACGCUAUUCCCGGGAUCUUUCCACACCAAAAAAAUCAAUCCCGUCUCUUGUGUAUUGUUUGAGACAGCAGUAACAACCAGUAAUGAUGAAAAAAUCUCAAAUUUAUGUUUAACCUCGUCAACUAAGUCCUGAUUACGGCAAGAACCAGAACUGUUGGGGAUGAGGAUGCUACUGGCUGUUCUGGGUGGUAGCAUUUUCCCUCUGAGAAAGGGUUGUGGACGCACAGCCGUACAAACCAGUAAUGCUAUGAAGACAGUAUUAACAUGAAAUACAGCAUAGUAGAAGACCAAGACAACAAAAAGAAUGAAGUCCUCAUCUCGCACUAGGACAGUGGUGACAAAAAUUAAUGCUAUGUUCUUCUUGUUGCAUAAAAUGGCAAGUGUGGCAUGUGUCACAGGGUGGGAGGAGGAGUUCUUCUGAGAGGAACAAUAAAGAGGAUGGACAGCACUAUUUGAAGUAGUAAGUGAACAGUAUUUGAAGCAACUUUUAAAGUUACAAUGAUGCUGUACCUAUAUCAUCAUGGGUAUAACUUCCUCCGGCACAAUUAAGCAAACUCUUAAUC